GUCUCCUCCAGAAUCCACGAGAGAAUCAUUAAGAUAUUUUCAAAAUGGAAAAUUUCCAUAUCAAGGAAUUUUAUCUACUUCCCAAAUGUCCUCAAAGGAUGAAGAAGAAGGCUGGGUACACAGUGUGCGCUAAAGAAGGAAUGUUUGAAUUGAACUGAAUCCCUGCAGAACGCAGACCAUUUAGAGACACUGAGUUUGGACUUGGUUGAAUACCUGCCUUAGGUUGGCCCAAUUAGCAGUGAACAAGAAUGGACGAAGAGAGAUAUGGCAAGUUUCAAAAUGGCAAACCAAAGACUUUAUCGAAUAAGCCAGAUAAGCCUGAGAAAGGAAUAGCUGCUGAUGGUGAAGAGGUUUUUGAUUACACCGGGCAAUCCAAAUUUGUCCUAAAGAACCUUCGGUAUUACUCAGUUCAUCCAAAUUUGGCCCGGUACUAUGAACCUUUGAAAUCCACUGUACUACAGAAAUUCCUGGAUCAAAACAGGAAAACCACCAGCUUCAUGUUAAAAGUAACCGAGUUUGAUCAGGAUUUGACCUUACUGAUUAUGACCAACAACCCACCUCCCUACUCAAUCAACCAGCAGGAAAAGGAUGGCACUCCAAAAUACUUUUCCCAGAAGUUACUGCUCGAGGAAAUUCAUCAUAAUCAAAAACCCAGCGAGAACUUUUUCCUGCCCCUGAUGUCUCAGAAAAAAAAGUUAAGAUCCAGACUAAAACCAAUCUUCCCUAUGAAACGGCCAGACGAUCCUACAUCCAAGCGAGAACAAUGGUUUAGGUUUUCCACUGACAAUGACUUCAAAAGUGAAGGAAAAUAUUCAAAAGUGUUUGCUUUGAAGAAACAGAAAAAAAUGUACCCUCAGCUCAGUUUUGCUCCAGUCUGUGAAAGGGAUAUGAGGAAAAAUGUUUCCAAGAAGUCUGUGAAUGAAAUGCUGACUCCCCAGAUGCUUUGGGAACCACUCACACUUUCAUCGCUGCUAGAAGAGAAGCCCACCAGAAUUGUGCCAGGGGAAAGCUCCUUCCGCAACGGAAAGGCUCAACAGUGGAUUAUCAAAAAUGCCACUGUCAUUAAGUGAAAAAAAAAAACCUCUUAAGGCCUCCCGCCUAGUUCUCCAGGGAUAGGAGGAGUCUGCAGAAAUCGCUGACCAAAUAAAAUCACAUUGCAGCUGCC